AUGCCCAUGGUCAGGAGAACCAUUGAGCCCCGGCACCUGUGCAAAACUGCAGUGCCCGACAGGAUUGAUAGCGAGCUGGAAUGUGUGAACAACAACACCUUGUCUGCCAUCAUCCGUCAGCUCAGCAGUCUAAGUAAACACGCAGAAAAUAUAUUUGGUGAUCUUUUCAAUGAAGCCAACACCUUUUACGUGCGAGCAAAUUCACUCCAAGAUCGUAUUGACCGCUUGGCCAUCAAGGUCACUCAAUUAGACUCCAAUGUGGAAGAAGUGUCCCUUCAGGCCAUAAACCUGAGGAAAGCGUUUCAAAGCUCUAAUAUCCAGGACCAGCAGGUGCUGUCCAAAGGCAGCACUCCAAACUCGGUGACUAGCAUGUACGACAGCAGCGACCGUCCUCCGCCUCUCAGCGAUCUCACUGCUUACAGAGAGGAUGGCACUGAAGCUAUGAGAUUCUACUCAGACCCGUCGUACUUUUUUGACUUGUGGAAGGAGAAAAUGCUGCAGGAUACUGAGGACAAGAGGAAAGAAAGGAGGAGGCAGAGGGAACAGAAGCGCUGUGUGGAAAGUAGCACCCUCCAGUGCCAGGUGAAGAAGUUGAGAAAGGCUCGAAACCGCAGACAAGAGUGGAGCAUGAUGGCGUUCGACAAAGAUUUUCGACCAGAGCACUGCCACUCUCAAACUCUGCGGCGAGGAGCAUCAUCCGAGGGCUCACUCUCCCCAGAGGGCAGGCCUGAGGUUCCUGACUACCCUACCCCACCUGUGCCAGCCCUCGGUGCUUCCAACUAUAUCAAGUCGCACGGGAACGCGCAGCCCUCCCUGCCAGCAGAGCAUGAAUACCACAGUAUUGACGUCAAUAAGAUAACAGCUAAGGGUGCAGAAGCUCGGGGUGCAGAGAAGAUGAACAGUUCAAUACACCCGCCAGCAGAUUGCAAAUGUGCCCACCCUCUACCUGGCAAAGGUCCACCUAUGCCAUCAACCCACACAACCUCCCCUUUUCCACUACCAGCAGCUCAUAAGGGAGCGACUGUAAACGUUGGCCCAGGCUACCCAAUUCCACCUGUGCCUCCUCUGGGACCUUCCAUGUUACCUCCUCCAGGUCCACCUCCACCUCUGCCUCCUCCAGCUGCCCCAUCACACAUUUCAGGACUCUGUGGAAGCAUCAGAGCAGAAAUAAAACCAGUAAGAGAUGCGAGGUGUGGUCUUCUAUCUGCUAAACGCAUGGGCAUCCAUCUUAAGAAAGUACAAGAGCAGCAAGAGCUGCAGAGCAAGCGUGACCCAAUCGGGAAUGACGUAGCCACCAUCCUGUCACGGCGCAUCGCAGUAGAGUACACUGACUCCGACGAUGACUCAGAGCUGGAUGACAAAGAGUGGUCAGAUUGA